CACACUUCUGGAUUAAUUAAGACGAAUUUCAGUUACCAGCUUCAUUUCGAUGCAUUUCUGUUUGCUGCGUGUUUGUUUACUUGAUGUUAAAAAAUAGAUAUUUUACAAAAUGUUAAAGCAGCAUGUUCUGGUGGAAUUAAAGCAGUUCGUUCAGGCAGUAACAAGUCAUCGUGGCAGCCCCAAGAAACUUACAAACAGUUCACUGCUACGCAGCAGCUUUCAUCUGCUCGAGGAUCUACCGGCUGCGCGCGAAAUCAUCUUCGAGUACUUUUCAUUAGUAGCUGAAGUGGCUGUACAGAAUUAUGUAGCGAAUGCAAACGUAGAUUACGCUACUGGGCUGCCUAUACGACAGGGGAAACAAGGUGGUGGUGGUGGUGGUGGUCCGAGUUCAAGCAACAAUGUUCCCACACAACCAACUGUCAUAGAGGAUAGUAGUUGGUCAGCGGUACAAGAAGCUUUGGAAAACUUAGUUAUCAAAGGUCCACCGGCUUGGGGCCCGGUAAUUGCGUCAUGGAGUCUCGACUUGGUGGGAAAAUUAUCGGACAAGUACACCAAACGGAAAAUGUCUAUUGUAGCGGCCUGCAAUUAUUGGCUGAACUGCGGUGCAAUGCGCGGGCUACUUACAUUGAUUAGCCUAAGUUUUCGCAAACUUACCAAUGCUGAGAAGGAAACAUGUGUGGAGACUCUGCUAGCUGCUUUUCAGCGUUAUUCGCUGAGCUUUGACUGGGUUGUAGCGCGCCUUGGUGGUUGCUUUCCUCUUAGUAUUAUUUCACAGAUAUUGCAAUGUAGUCUCAAACGUUUUGCUGAAGAUUACCGCUGCCGCUUUGACUCUGAGCUGGGCAUUCUAGAUUACUUGUCCUUUGCACAUGAGCAAGAGCUGAAGCAAGCUUUGACUGAUCUACUAAAGGAUGGGUUUAAUCCGAAAAAAAGUUUGGAUGCGUGUAUAAUACCAUUUUUAUUGGUGAUGGCUACUUUUGCAGAUGCAUUGCUGCAGAAUUUGGUUGUUGUCUUCCUCGAAAUGUAUAAUGACGAUCUACGCCUGACUAUCAUACAAAAAACGCCGCUUUGGAUGAGUAACAAAUUAUUUGCAGAAAUGCAACCUUCGCUCAACAGUUUGGCGUUGCGUUUGAAAUCGAAUGGCUCACAGUUGCUAAUCGCAGUGUCGCAAAUGGCCGAGCAAUAUGCUUGGUGCCAAGAUUUUCUGGAAUAUACGCUGCAGGAUUUGGAGCAAGUGGUGUUAAAUGCUACGGUUUGUCCGCUAAUGAAUGAUCUAGCGACCGAAGACUCGAAAUAUUUACUUUGGAAAAGUUGUUUAAGCGCUAACAUUUUUCAGCAGCAAACUGCUGUGCGUUUGCUGUUAAUUGUUUCCACACAACAUUCGCACAUUUAUUAUCAGACAAUAUCAGAGCUGCUGCGUAAAUCGUAUGUGGCCAAUCCCAAUGGUUUAGGUGCGGUAAUCCGUAUAAUUGGUGGACAAAGUGGUGUAGUCGAAUUUCCAUGCAUUAAGCCGGGCUUACAAAUGGUGCUGGAAGAGGUUUUGCUGCAGGAACAAUUCAAGCACACACGGCUGGUAAACGACGAUCAAUCGGAGGCGCUAAACACAUUCAAAAACCUCAAUAUGCUAACUAAAAUGCAAAAAAAGAACUCCUUCCAAUAUAUGAAGCAAAGCUUAUUGCCCAAUGUGCUCAACGAUUGUCUACCAAAAAUUUUACAAAUACUUGAAGUUACAGUGACCAAAGUUAAUCUGCGUAUGAAUAAAUUAACAGAAGCAGCUGGUGCGGCAAAACGUGCGGAGGCACAAAGUAACAGCAACCACGAGCUGAGUAGAGAAAGAAAAAAGGUAAAAGUCGGUGCAAUGGAUUUAGAAGCGGAAGCAAUGGAUGUGGAAAGUGCUGAGGAUGAUACAAAAAUCAUAAUAGGCGUACCACUUUUCGACUCGGAUGACAGUGAAGACGAAGAAAAAGAUGCAAACCGACGCAUUUUAGCGCAUACCAUCAUCGAUUUACUCAACACAAUAGAAGCUGGCUUAAAAGGCACCGUUAUGCGCACAACAGAGGUGUUAAAACUAUCAGUAUUAAGCGUAAAAUAUUUCUUCUUAGCGCUAACUGAGAAAAGCGCAGUAAGCCGUUCGGCAGCUGUAAAUCGCGCUUACUUGCUGCUCGCCCGCCAGUGCUCUGCGCGUAAAGCUGCGCGCAGCGCCUGCAUACGGGAGUUGGUAGAGGGUGCACUCUUCUAUUAUGGCUACCUAUUCGGUCAAUUUGAAGAGCCCGAAGUGAAUCAACUCGAAAUACCCGAGCACGAAAUGGUUUUGCUGCAAAAUCAGCGUCACAGUUUAGGUCCAAAUGCCAAUCGUACUGUAUUGCAUGCCGGUGUAAUUGGGCGCGGUUUGCGACCUGAUGUCACCGCAAAGGAACAAACAGGUUGUCCGGCUGAAACACAAACGCUGCUACUCAAGGCGCUUGAUGCUUGUUGCACCGUGGCGGAGAAACAAAAUUCCGUUGAAGGCUAUUCAAUGAUUUCGCUGUUGCUCGUUGAAAUGGUUUCCACCGAUGUCAUGUACAAUGGACUGCCAUUUCCGGAUGAAGAGUUCACCAAAGUGACGAUGGAGCGUGACUUAAUGAUACGACGUGCCUUUAGCACAUCACCUGUGCUCUGGGCGCUGCUGGGCUUUAUAGCGGCGCAUCGGCCGGCUCUAUGCUUCUCAUCGGUGCUUUUGCGUGCGAUGUGUGCCACUUGCCUGCAUCAAUGGCGCGCCAAAAAUGUAAAUAAAUUUCAACCUUUCGACCCGUCCGAUGAGCUAAUGCGUUGCACCCAGAAGCUGUUGCAAUUGUUGGCAAUGGGUCAAUUGCUGCCGCCGCCGCUUUCUAAUCUGCAUGUAAUAAUUAAACACUUUGAGCCACCAGAGAUUGCUUUGUUGCUGAAGGAGUGUAUAUGGAAUUACCUUAAGGAUCACGUGCCAUCACCGGCGCUAUUUCAUGUCGACAACAACGAGUUGCAUUGGCGCAAUCCGCACUUGUCGAAAAUUCCACCCCAAUACGUGGACACAUUGCGUAAUUUAAUGCAGAAGAAACUGACAAAAUUAGGCCAGCAUUAUUACCAGAUGUUUAUUAUGCCCGAGUUGAAUGACGCGAACGCUGCUCAAGUGGGCUUAGCCGAAUCAACAGCUAAUAAGGGAGAGUUGGAGCUUGUUAAGUAGUGAAUUUAUUAUUAAUUAGUGCAAAAGUAGAAAUUUUGCUGCACUGUUAAUUAAUUCGAUAAAGAAUAGAUCUGUUCUUGAAGCAAAUACAAUUUUUACAAAUUAUUAAGUUCUGGUGUUCAUGUAACCAAAAAACCUUGCAAAGUAGGGGAAAGUGUGAGAGCAAAAUGACAAUUUUGAGGGGAAGUUGCAGGUUUUUACUCAAGGUGGAUUUACCUUGUUUUUACUGGAUAAAUUUUUACAUGUAAGAAUUUGCACAAGGCGAAUUUAUUACAGGUUGAAUUUGCAAGUGAGAAAAACAGCUGAUCGCAAAGUAAAAAUAAGCACGAAUUAAAAUUUGCGUAUUGA